AUGGCGCUCCAAAAUAAUGAGCCCGCGCCAUUCGCGCCUCAAUCCUCCUUGUCCUUUACACAAGGGUUUCUUCUUGGCCAGCUCUCAGUCGUACUUUUGAUCGGCGCCUUCAUCAAGUUUUUCAUUUUUGGCGAAGCACCACCCCCUCCGUCCCGGGGCAUGUCAAACCGCACAACGCACCGCCGCUACAGCUCGGUCUACAACCCCCCUCAAGAUAGCCAAAAGUCAUUACGAGAAAAACCGUCCACGUCGAAUGUUCUGCGUCCCGUACCUUCUACCUCUACAAACACCCGCUCCAUCCUCCGCAAAACCUACUACAGUGCCAUUCCUACCAACCCUACGAGCAAACAUGGCCGACACCGCAUGCAUCAUUCGUCGCAUCAGCCCGAGUCGCUGGACUGGUUCAAUGUGCUCAUUGCGCAGACAAUUGCUCAGUAUAGGGAGACAGCGUACUCCCUCAAGGACUCGCCCACUUCGUCAAUCCUCAGUUCCCUAACGGCGGCGAUGAACAACCCGGAGAAGAAACCAUCCUUCAUAGACAAGAUAAAUGUCACCGAUAUCUCACUAGGCGAAGAGUUUCCUAUUUUCAGCAACUGCCGCAUCAUUGCCGUUGACGACCCCAUGUCAGACGGUGGACGGCUACAGGCCCUACUGGAUGUCGACCUCAGCGACGACAACCUUUCCAUCGCCGUUGAAACAUCCAUGAUUCUAAACUACCCCAAACCACGCUCUGCCAUCAUACCAGUAGCGCUAUCAGUUUCGGUUGUGAGAUUUUCAGGAACACUCUGUAUAUCCUUGAUCCCAGCGUCAACCGAACCACCAGAGCCACUUCAAACGCCUGACGGAUCACCAGCGCCCCCCACGUCAGACCCAAGGGACAAAACAGGGAAUCGACCCUCUGGUCCCGGACAGCACACAACCUCACAAGACCACCUCCCACCAAAAAGCAGCCCGAAAAGCAACGUCGCAUUCUCUUUCCUCCCAGAUUACCGCCUAGACCUCUCCGUGCGCUCACUCAUCGGAUCCCGCAGCCGACUGCAGGAUGUGCCGAAGAUAGCCCAGCUCGUCGAAGCGCGAGUCCACGCGUGGUUUGAGGAGCGCGUUGUCGAGCCCCGAGUGCAAGUCGUUGGACUUCCAGACCUGUGGCCGCGCAUGGGCAGGACAGGUGUCCGGCCCGGCGAGGACUCGGAUGCUGGGUCAACGGCACCACCGCGCAGCGCGGGUUCUACUGAAGCAUCAGGGCCGCCCCGGUUCUCUGACGAUCAUGGUCGGGAGCCCGAGGGGCUGCGGUUCCGUGGCGGCCUGGAUACACGGUUAGGCUCGCGCACGAAUAAUUUCAAUGUUGAUAUGGGUGGCUUGCGCAGCUCGAGUAUGACGAGGCAACAGAGUGGUGGUGCUACGAGUGACCAUUUUGAUAUGCCUGGUGCCAUGCCAGCGGGUACGCCAGUGGGGACGCCUGGCAUCCCAGACAAUUGA